CGAUAGUGAAGAUAAGAUUGAUGCUGCAGUUUAUCAUAAUGAUGUGGUUGAUGACAUAAAUGAUGAAGAUUGGGAACCGGAAAUUGAAUAUAAUGAAGUAGAAAGUGAGGAGGAUGAACUUAUGAGCAGCGAUGAGGUCAAAAGAGCAAAAAAAGUUAAGAAGUCCAAGAAUGAUGGUUCGUGUACAGGUAAAGUGUUUGUUCUAUCGACAAACAAUUCUGCAAAUAAGAGAAAGUAUGACAAGCCUUCAUAUUGUCCCGUUUGCUUAAAACCACAGAAGAAGUUAACCGUACACAUUUUACAGCACAGCAGUGACCCAAUGGUAGCAGAAUACUUGGCUGCACCAAAAAAUGUAAGGAAUCAACUGUGGAUAAAGAUCCGAAAUCUGGGUAAUCAUUUGCACAACUAUAACGUGCUGAAACAAGGAGAAGGAGAUCUAAUUGUAGUUUAUAGACCAACAAAUGAUGAUGCUAAUCCGGAUGACUACUGCCCUUGUGUUGACUGCCUAGGGUAUUACAGCAAAAAUGAGUUUUAUAAACACAAAUGUAAGCUGAGGAAGGACGAUACAAAAAAUGAUGGGAAGAAAAAGCAGUAUAUCAAGAAAGGUCGACUUCUGCUGCCAUCGCAAGUUGAUAGCAAUUCAGCAAUAGUCCAAGAAUUGUUGGGGGGCCUUCAGACAGGGAUUAUUUCAUUGAUAAUUACGGGUGACCCAUUAAUAAUUAAGAUGGCUGAAAAGUUAUGAAGUAAGCAUGGCCAUGACCCAGAGCAAUUUGACAGUAUGCGUCAAACAUUAAGACAAACAGCUCGUCUUGUGCUUGAAUUCAGAUGCAUUAAGGGGAAUGAAAAUGCAGGUUUAGUUGAUCUUAUUGAUCCAAGCAAGUAUGAAGAUGUAAUUAAUGCAGUAAGGAAAGUGGCAGGGUUUGAUGAGAAGACUCAUCUCUGUGAGAAACCAACUUUAGUUUUAAAGCUGGGUCAUAUGUUGAAGAAAGCUGCAAUGUUAGUAGUUAGAAAGGCAUUGAUUGAUGGAGAUAAAAGAAACAUAGCUAGAGGGGAAAACUUUUCAAAACUCUGUGAGAGUGAGUGGAAUACAGAUGUGUCAUGCCACGCCCUGAGAACACUUGAUGUCAAACGCAGGAACAACCCAAAACUUGUUCCAUUGACUGAAGACGUUGUUGUUUUGUCCAAGUACAUGGAAACAAAGAGCAGAGAAUGUUUGUCCACCUUGAAAGCUGGUGUUAAGCCGGAGGAGGCUGCAUGGAAGGAACUCUGCAAAGUUACGUUAGUUCAACUGAUAUUGUUUAAUCGCAGACGGCAAGGAGAAAUGUCAAAGUUAACACUUGAAGAUUACUCACAUGUAAAGAAAGGGGAGUCCCAGGUAUUUGAUGCACAGAUGCUAAGCAAAUUUGAACAGGAUCUGGUAAAGGUGAUUUGGCGAUGUGAAAUUGUUGGGAAAAAGGGACGUGUUGUGCCAGUCCUAUUACCUUCAGCAAUGAAAGUAGCAGUAGAUGAGGUGCUUAAACACCGACAUGCCAUGGGCGUAAGUCCUACAAAUAAGUUUGUAUUUGCAGUGUCAAUGGGGUCAGAUCAUCACAUACGAGGAUGUGAUGCACUUCGCGCAUUCUCACAAAUGUGUGGUGCUAAGCAGCCAGAACUGCUGCGCAGCACCAGGUUACGAAAACAUAUUGCCACAAUGUCCCAGGUAAUGAAUCUCCAAGAUAACGAACUUGAUGUGAUAGCGAACUUCCUUGGCCAUGACGUACGUGUUCAUCGUGAAUACUAUCGAUUACCAGAUCCAGCACUGCAAGUUGCAAAGGUUGCAAAGUUGCUUAUUUGUCUUGAGGGAAAGCAUGGAAAUCCAUCAAGGAAACUUAAAGGGAAAAGUUUGGAUGAUUUAGAGCUGAAUGAUGACGAAGAAAUCGAGUGUGGUGAUGUAGUAGAUGAAGAGGGCAAAUCAGCAAGAGAUGAAGAUGAGGACAUUGACAAGAAUGAUUGUGAUGUAGUAGAUGAAGAGGGCAAAUCAGCAGGAGAUGAAGGUGAGGACAUUGACAAGAGUGAUGAUGCUAGUGAUGACCAGGUAAUGAAGGAAGGAAUCAAAUCAAAGAAAGGCAAAAAACGUAAACAUUGGAACAAUUCAGAUGGAAAGGAAAACAAGCAAACUUUUAUCCGAAGAAGGUGGUCGACAAAGGAAAUGGCUGCUGUGGAAAGACACCUGUUGAAAUACAUACGAUAUAGGAAACUUCCAGGGAAAUCCGAAAUUGAAAAGUGUAUGAAGAACGAAGCAUGCUUACAUAAUCGCACAUGGCGAAAUAUCAAGGAUUACAUACGCAAUAAGAUUUCUUCCAAAGGCCGGCAGACCAAAGCAUUGCAAUGCAAUUCAGAUCAUGGCCUGUCUCUUAUACACAUCUAG